GAGGGUGGAAGAGAACAACUGACAGGCUGGAGAGCAAAUAACAGUGGGCAGUUGAAGAGGCAGCCAGAGUGUGGAGAAGCCAACAGGAAAUCCAGGGAGGAGGAAAAGAAGCAGAAGUCUUGGUGUGGGUUCCCUGCCUGUGCCAAGAUGAGUGACUGGAGCUUCCUGGGAGCGUUCCUGGAGGAAGUACACAAGCAUUCCACCAUAAUCGGCAAGGUGUGGCUCACUAUCCUGUUCAUAUUCCGCAUGCUCGUGUUGGGCACGGCUGCCGAGUCUUCCUGGGGAGAUGAGCAGGCUGAUUUCCAGUGUGAUACCAUUCAGCCUGGCUGUGAGAAUGUUUGCUACGACCAAGCCUUCCCCAUAUCCCACAUUCGCUACUGGGUGCUGCAGAUCAUCUUCGUCUCCACGCCAUCCCUGGUGUACAUGGGCCACGCCAUGCACACCGUGCGCAUGCAGGAGAAGCGGAAACUACGGGAAGCCGAGAGAGCCAAAGAAAUCCACCGCGCUGGUUCUUACGAAUACCAGGUGGCUGAGAAACCAGAGCUGUCCUGCUGGGAGGAAAUGAAUGGAAAGGUUGUCCUCCAGGGCAAUCUGCUCAACACCUACGUCUGCACCAUCCUGAUCCGCACCACCAUGGAGGUGGCCUUCAUUGUAGGCCAGUACUUCCUCUAUGGAAUCUUCCUGAACACCCUGCAUGUCUGCCGUAGAAGUCCCUGCCCCCACCCCGUCAACUGUUACGUAUCUCGGCCCACAGAGAAGAACGUCUUCAUUGUCUUUAUGCUGGCUGUGGCCGGGCUGUCCCUCUUCCUCAGUCUGGUUGAACUCUUCCACCUGGGAUGGAAAAUCAAACAGCGAUUUGUCCAGUCGAGGCAGAGCGUGGCUAAGUGCCAACUACCUGGCCCCUCUGGAGGAGCAGCCCAGAGCUGCACACCUCCCCCUGACUUCACUCAGUGCCUGGAGAAUGGCCCUGGGGGGAAGUUCUUCAGUCCCUUCAGGAACAAUAUGGUCACUCAGCAGAACACAGACAACAUGGCCACUGAGCAAGUGCAGGGCCAGGAGCGGAUUCCUGGGGAGGGUUUCAUCCAUAUGUCCUAUAGUGAGAAGCCUGACCUGCCCAAUGGAGUCUCAUUAGGUCACCACCUUCCCCAUGGCUACCACAGUGAAAAGCGUCGUCUGAGCAAGACCAGCAGCAAGGCCAGGUCAGAUGACCUAUCAGUGUGAACCUCCACAAUGGGAGAACCAGGCGGGGUUGGAGAAAGAGGCCUCAGAGAAGGAAGAUACAUCCUUUUUGAUCCCAUAUUCUCAUUCUCAUUACUGCUCUGCUCCUUUUGGGCCGUGAAUCUCAUUUGCAUUGCUUAUUAAUUCUAGAAGGUAUAACCGGGUUCUUGAGAGUUUGGUCAUGAUGGCUGCCCAGCAGGCUGUUGUCCCCUCCUCAUUUUUUACCAGUAUACUCAGAGAAGUCUUUCAGAUUAUGCACUGAAUAGGGGAAGGGAAGGGAAGGGAACUGUGGCAAAAUCAGGCUGGAGAAGGAUAGCCCUAAGAAUAGAAUGCCAGCAAUGUAUCAGAUAAGUUCCCAAGUUCCCGUGGCUCUCUUGACCUCAUCUCCCCUCCCCGCCAAAGAAGAACUCAAAAUUCUCGUCCAAGAGAGCACCAAUCAAAAAACUUGAUUAUCUGUGCCCUUGAAUCUGUUGUUUUCUCUGUUGGGCCAUACUUUGUAGUGGUGGUGAGGUGGCCUAUGGCUGCGGUUGACUACCCUUCCCUCUACCCAGUCUUAAAAGGACAUCCUUGGAACUUGACUAGCUUCAAUUUUACAAGUGCCUUGGCAUGUAUCUCAGGCAAAUGUCCCACCUUGGUGAUGCUGUGGCCUUUCCUUCUGCCAGGGUAAAUGAGCCCAUGAGGGUGCCAGCUCCUCCAGAGAGUCGCUGUAUGCACAAACUGCCACCACCUCAUAUCCUGUGCCUCCUGAACUGUUUCUUACAGUUCAGCCCAAUGGUAGAAGCCAUCCUGUACUUCUUCACUUGGCUGUUUAUCCAGUGUUCCUCUGAAGAUCACUUUAUCAAUAGGAAUGACCCCCAAAUCACUGUCCUCUCUCAGAUCCUGAACACACCACCAGCCACUGAGAGCAGUGGAAUUUUCCCAGGAUGUAUUAAAAAAAGAACACUGUCUUCUUAGAUUCCCUUUGGGGAAAAAGAUACUGGAAAAUAUUUUCUUCUAUUUCUCUUAUUAACUGCCAACUUAGACUAUCAGGCAGAGGUAUGAUGACAGCUAUUGAGGUACCCAGAUCUCUCUUUCCCUGGAGGCAUCCGCAGGGACAUGGAAGAAGUAGGGGAAUCUUAGCAAGACCCUGAAAGUGCACAGAGAGUCCUACAUCUCCCCAAUUCCUUUAUUGAGACUGCCAAGGAAAGGCAGCAGAAAAGUGCUGCCUUCCCCAUGGACUGGCUUUGUGUCUCUACUGAGUGGAUCCAUAAUGGGAUGGGGGCUGCCAUUGUGAAUCAGGUGACAGAUGCUAAGAAUUGGAUAUUGAGAAUACCAAGACAUUAUUACGUGUAAAAGAUGCAUGCGUGUGUGUGUGUGUGUGUGUGUGUGUGUGUGUGUGUGUGUGUUGGUGAAGGGGAGGGGAGUCUCAAAAUAAGGAAAGAAAACUGUAGAGAACCUGUGCCUUCUAAUUGCCUGGCAGAGGGCCCAAGCCUCAUUGUCUUAGUGUUAUUCACCUCAACAGAUACACAUGAGAGGUUGGGACAGAGGAGGUUAAAAGCUCAAAGAAGACCCAGCUUUUCCUCUACCUGCUCAUUUUUGGACCACUCUGCAACUAUUUUGAUGCUGUUGGUGGGUAGAGAGAAGAACUUGAGAGAAGAGAUAGAAAACACACCAGCUGAGACCGUUUUUUUAAGAGCAGGACAAAUUUAUUGAGAGAAAGAAAGCUUCUGUCUAAGAGAGACACAAAGGGGGCCAGAAAUUGGGUUGUCUGCUCAACCCACUUCUCCAAGAUGUUUUAUACAGCAAAGCCAUGUGGUGAGGUGGGUACAAAGGGGGACAAAACUAUAAGACCCAAUGGAAAAUUACAAGGUGGGCAUGAGGUGAGGCAAAACCGUGACCGACCAAUAAGAUUCUAAGUAUGGACACCCAGGUAAUAUUGAUCAAACGUGGGAGCAAGUCACACAGCAAGCACACAAGGAUUUUCAGUAAGGGUGGGGGUCAGGGAUAUUUCCAGGAAAGGCUGGAUUAAGUCCUUGGCCCCCCACCCAGGUGAUUGAUACCUUCUUAGAAUAUCAGUCACUGCUCUUUAUCCCCAGGGA